AUGACAUUCUCAUUGUUUGAUGAAGAGAAGUUGUCAAAAGUUGCAACAAAAGAAAUAAAAUUCGAAGCAUGUCAUGAAGCGAUCAUGAUGUUAAUCCUUAAACAACAAUCAACCAUGUCUGAUUGUUAUGUCGAGGGAAAUACGGGAAAUGAGAAAAUAUUUCUUCUUCAUGUUGAUGGAAAUAAAGGAACAAGGCGGAUAGAUGAAGAUGGAAAACAGCAUAGCACAUUGUUUGCAUAUCCAUGGGAUGAUUGA